GACAGUGCAGUCCUCCGGAACCUUUCUCGCGCUUUGUUGUCAACCGGCGCGAUUAGACGUUACACCGUGUGCAUUUCCCCUGAAACAAGCGAACUCAUUCAAGGGUCUGUAUCCGAAGGUAAACCAGGCUAACUUUUGAAACUACUCAGGAGGGCGUCGUGAAAUUGUCACUUUACGUUUUUAAAAAGUCCCGUGUUUAACCGUACAAUAUGUUUCUGACGAGAUCGGAAUAUGACAGAGGUGUGAACACAUUCUCUCCUGAGGGAAGACUGUUCCAGGUUGAAUAUGCCAUCGAGGCCAUAAAAUUGGGCUCCACAGCCAUUGGUAUCCAGACAUCAGAGGGGGUGUGUCUGGCUGUGGAGAAGAGGAUCACCUCUCCCCUGAUGGAGCCCAACAGCAUUGAGAAGAUUGUGGAGAUUGACAGUCACAUUGGUUGUGCCAUGAGUGGCUUGAUAGCUGAUGCUAAGACUCUAAUCGACAAAGCAAGAGUGGAAACGCAGAACCACUGGUUCACUUAUAAUGAGACGAUGACAGUGGAGAGUGUGACUCAGGCUGUGUCCAACCUGGCACUGCAGUUUGGAGAGGAGGAUGCUGACCCUGGUGCCAUGAGUCGACCAUUCGGUGUAGCACUUCUGUUUGGAGGAGUUGAUGAAAAAGGGCCUCAGCUGUACCACAUGGACCCAUCAGGAACCUUUGUGCAGUGUGACGCACGGGCCAUCGGCUCAGCAUCUGAGGGAGCACAGAGUUCUCUGCAAGAAGUCUACCACAAGUCCAUGACAUUAAAAGAUGCCAUCAAGUCAUCCCUUACCAUUCUGAAGCAGGUGAUGGAGGAAAAGCUCAAUGCCACCAACAUCGAGCUGGCAACAGUUGAGCCCGGGAAGACUUUCCACAUGUAUUCCAAAGAGGAGCUGGAGGAUGUAAUCAAGGACAUCUAGAGCAGAGGAGACUCUCAAAGUCUUGGUUUGAGUUCUGGACAGAGGAGGAGAGGAUGUAAAUUUACACCUGGGCUGAAUGUCUCAACUUAACCACAACGUCUCAUCAGGACAUUCUCAUCUUUUUCGAUUGCAUACGAGGGUUAUCUUUGUAACGUGUUAAUUGAAUUCUUCUUUCUCACUAUCUGUACAGUCCUGUACAGGAGUCUGACCAACACCUACAGCUGAGUGGCACAGAAAAUGGGGGGGGGGGGGCUGGGGCUAUU